AUGGCGGAAUCUCCAAUUCCAACUAUCCCUAAAUCUUCUGGCGGUGCUGGUCCAUCAUCAUCGUCUGGUUCUGUUGGGCGUGGCUCUGGUUUUAAUUGGGCAAAGAAUUUGACUUCUGAAAGCUCAAUUCCGGAAUCUACUGCUCCGGUGACAAUUCCUGACUCGGGAAGACCCAGAGUCAAGGUUUCGAACGAGGUUUUUGAGCGGGGAGCGAAACUUCACAGCUAUUACAUUGUUGGUAUCUUUUAUGGGAAGCCUCCCUCGUAUGGGAAGAUUUGGGGUGUCCUCAACUACUUGUGGGGUAAGGAUAAACGCGUCUCAAUUCAUAACCUUACACGAAAUGCCUUCCUCUUUCAUAUUCCCUCUCCAGUUCUUCGAAAGCUCCGGUUGACUCUUCAUGGUAUGCCGUUCGAUUUGAUAACGCCGGAGGGUCUGGGUAUUGCUUGUCGUCCCCUUGGAAGAGCCGUAGCUCAUAAACCAUUUACUAGUAUCAACUCUGCUGAGGUCAAGGUUAUUGUUGAUCUUACAAAGCCCCUGCCAACAGAGAUUGAGCUAGAACGUGAUGACGGUAAUCUACUUCUUCUCACUGUUACUUAUCCUUGGUUGCCUCCUCUUUGCUCGAUUUGUGGUGAAAUUGGGCAUAAAGAUUCUUUGUGUCCUCGGGUAUAUGGUCCGGAGAAUAAACCGUCGAGACCUGCCAGAAAUCAUCUGAAAACUAAUUCAUCUUCUCAGUCUCAGACCUUACCGAAGGAGACAGGUCUUCAUAAGGAAAAAAAAUCGGCUUGGAAACAGGUGGUCUCUGACCCCAGGUCUUCUUCUGCUUCUGACAAGCAUGUGGCUUCUGUCUCUGAAGGGCUUAGUCAAGAUUCUGUCGCGAUGUUGGUUUCUGCUGAGAAGUCAUCCACCGCUAUUGUUCCUGUCAAUAGCCCUUCCCUGCCUAGAAAAGCUCAUCAGGAGGUUAAAGGUUUAUCGGACAAAAUCUCUAUGGAUCUAGUUAUUGCCGACACUACCUUUUCUCCUCCUCAGAAACCUCUUCUCCCUAAGGCAACAAGGAAGUCUUCUUCAUUGCUGAUUGAGACUUCGAAUUCGUUUGAUAUCCUGAAAGAGAAUAGUCAAGCUCUGACUAUCCCGGAGCGUUCUGUGAAAGAUACUCUGAAAACUUUAACGGAUGAAGCGCUUUCAACUGCUCCGAUGAAGAAAAGGAAGGUUAACUCCUCUCCUCUGUUAGUUUCAGGUCUGAAUGAAGUUUCUAAGCAUCGUCCUCUCAGGAACUGGCUGUACAGCAAAUCAGUUUCGUUCGGUGCACUUCUUGAGACGCAUGUUGGAGAAGUAAAUAGUACCUAUCUCCUAUCAGCUAUAGGGCCUCAGUGGUCAUUACUAUCUAAUUAUGAAUUUUCGGAGUUGGGCAGGAUCUGGAUUAUUUACAAGGAUCCAGUUGGAGUUAGAGUUUUGUUUAAAGAUCAGCAAUCUAUCACUUGUGAGAUCUCUGUGGAGAAUGAAGAAUCCUUUAUUUUUAAAGUAGUCUAUGCGUCAAAUCUUUUGGCAGAGAGGCAGCUCUUGUGGGAGUCUUUGAAGGAUACUUGUGUAUCGUUCCAGCUGAUGCAUAGGGCUUGGAUCGUUGUUGGUGAUUUUAAUGAAACUAUGUAUCCUUUUGAGACUUCAAAUCCUAAUAUCUACAGAACAACUCGAGGUAUGAGGGACUUUGCCGACUGUCUUGCGGCCUCUGGUCUGUUUGAUCUCCCUUUUAAUGGUCCUCAUUACACUUGGUCCAAUCAUCGUAUUGAGGAUCCUAUUGCGAAAAAGCUUGAUCGUUGUCUUGUGAAUGGAUCAUGGCUUCUUCGUUUCUCUCGUAGCCACUGUUCCUUUGAGGCUCCAGAGUUUUCGGAUCAUUCUCCAUGUCAUAUCCGUCUAGUUACUCCCCCGCCUGCUUUUGGUUCAAGACCGUUCAGAUUUUUUAAUCUCUUGACAAAGCAUCGUCGUUUCCAGGAGACUGUUCAGUCGUCUUGGAGUGAGGCAGGAGAAUCCGUCAGAUCUCUUCGAGACUUUUGUUUUAAGCUGAAGAGGAUGAAAAGGCCAUUAAAAUCCUUGCUUAAGGAUAACUAUAGCGACAUUGAGAGGAGAGUUUCUGAAGCUUUAUCUGCACUCUCAUCUCUGCAGUUGGCCUCUCUAGCUGACCCUUCUGAAUCUAAUCUUCUCCUGGAAUCACAGGCUAAGGACCUUUGGCUGAGUUUGCGUGCCGCAGAAGAGAGUUUUUUUAGGCAACGUUCUCGUAUUAGGUGGCUGGGUGAAGGGGACCUUAAUACUAAAUUUUUCCACUCAGUCACUACUACUCGGAAUGCUAAGAAUGCAAUAAGGCAGUUGAUCAGAGCUGAUGGUACGAAAACAACUACCUUGCAGCAAGUGCAUGAGCUAGCAGUUGCCUAUUAUACGUCCUUUCUUACCACGAUCAGAGGCGUCUUCCUACCAGACCUUCCUCGACUUCUGGAAUCGUUGGUGGUUUCUACAUGCUCUUCUCUCCAACAAGGUUUUCUUUCUCUACCAUUUAAUUCAGAAAUGGUUAAGCAAUGCUUGUUCAAAAUGCCUCUGAACAAGACUCCAGGUCCAGAUGGUUUCCCUGCUCCUCGUGGGAUAUAUUGGGACAUGAAUUGGAACUUUCAGUUCUUCACUUCUUUGAAACAAGCUUCAUCCCCACUUCUUUGA